AUGGCCCAAGCAAGCCCCCCAGAGCACCUUCUCGCUAGGGCCUCGUGCGACCACAGCGGUUACGUCAAGUACCUGCGGCUGAAAGAUGUCGAUGAAUUAACAACUAUAAAACGAGAACUGAAUUACAGAAUUUCUGUUCAAUCAGCAAAGUUGCUUCGUCUUCUGAAGCAGAAGGACGGGCUUGCACAUAAAGUCCAGAGGAACUGCGAUAUUAUCACAGCUUGUUUACAGGCGGUUUCCCAGAAGCGAUGGGUUGAUACAAAAUUGAAAUUCACUCUUGAACCAUCUUUAGGUCAAAAUGGUUUUCAGCAGUGGCAUGAUGCGCUCAAAGCAGUGGCCAGAUUGCCGACAGGCAUACCAAAAGAAUGGCGGAGAAAGGUUUGGCUGACCCUAGCUGAUCAGUACUUACACAGUAUAGCCAUUGACUGGGAUAAAACCAUGCGUUUCACAUUCAAUGAAAGAAGUAAUCCUGAUGAUGACUCUAUGGGCAUCCAGAUAGUAAAGGACCUUCACCGAACUGGUUGCAGUUCCUACUGUGGCCAGGAGGCAGAGCAAGAUCGAGUGGUAUUAAAACGUGUUUUGCUGGCUUAUGCCAGGUGGAAUAAAUCUGUUGGCUAUUGUCAAGGAUUUAACAUACUAGCUGCACUUAUUCUGGAAGUAAUGGAGGGCAAUGAAGGGGAUGCCCUGAAAAUCAUGAUUUACCUAAUUGAUAAGGUGCUUCCUGAUAGCUAUUUUGUCAAUAAUCUCCGUGCUCUCUCUGUGGAUAUGGCUGUUUUCCGAGAUCUUUUACGAAUGAAGCUUCCUGAACUGUCCCAGCACUUAGACACCCUGCAAAGAGCUGCUAACAGAGAAAGUGGAGGAGGCUACGAACCCCCACUUACAAAUGUCUUCACAAUGCAGUGGUUUUUGACCCUCUUUGCCACUUGCCUGCCUAACCAUACAGUUCUGAAGAUCUGGGAUUCAGUAUUCUUUGAAGGCUCUGAAAUUAUACUGAGAGUAGCUUUGGCUAUCUGGGCAAAGUUAGGAGAGCAAAUAGAAUGUUGUGAAACUGCAGAUGAGUUUUACAGUACCAUGGGCAAGCUGACCCAGGAGAUGCUGGAAGACAGUCUGAUUGACAGCAACGAACUCAUGCAGACUGUUUAUACCAUGGCUCAGUUUCCCUUCCCACAACUGGCAGAACUGAGGGAGAAAUACACAUACAACAUUACUCCUUUCCCUGCAGCAGUAAAAUCAACUUCACUUUCAGGAAGGCUAGGCAGAACCAGAGACAGUGAUGAGGAGAAUGACCUAGAUGAUGAAGACUCAAUUGCCAAUGCAAUUGGCUGUCUUGGACCAUUAAGUGGGUUUUUGGCACCAGAGCUCCAAAAAUACCAAAAACAGAUGAAAGAUCAGAAUGAAGAACAAAGUCUGGGUUCCAGUAACAUUGCAGAAUUAAGUCCAGGAGCAAUAGACUCUUGCCGAAGCGAGUAUCAUGCUGCUUUUAACAGCAUGAUGAUGGAGCGUAUGACCACUGAUAUUAAUGCACUGAAAAAGCAAUAUUCCAGGAUAAAGAAGAAGCAGCAACAGCAGGUUCACCAUGUGUAUAUCAGAGCAGACAAAGGGCCAGUUACCAGCCUCCUUCCUUCUCAGGUAAACCAUUCCCCGGUGAUAAACCACCUCCUUUUAGGGAAGAAGAUGAAACUGAAUAACAGGUCUCUCAAAAAUGCUAUUAUUCACAUCCCAAGUCAUGCUACAGGGAAGAUGUCUCCCAUUCCCCAAGAAGAUCUUAAAACAAAACUGAACUCUCCGUGGCGCACUCACAUACGAGUUCAUCGAAAGAAUAUUGCUAGGGCCAAAGGCCAGCUGGGCUAUGGGGAUACCAUAGGACUAAUAGAUGAGCAGAGCGAGAGCUGUAAAACAAAUAGUCCUGGUGCAAAGGAGGAGACUUCCAAACAUUCUGACUCUGGAGAAAGAGAAGGAGGUGGUUUGGAUGACAGGACUACUCGAAAAGCUGACGGGCAGUCGUCUGAGCCAGUCUCUACAGACAGCAGUACAAACAUGUCAGUGGUUCAGCUAAAACUGGAAGCGCUGGAACUCACCUCAGAUAGCAAAACCGAUGCUGAGUCAACAUCCCAUCAGUCCGGCCAGCCACGUUUAUCAGAGUCCUCUAGUGCAUCCAGCAACAGUGGGAACCUGGCUAAAUCUCCCCAGCCUGGGAAUCCAAAGCCGCAAGUCUUCAACCCUUUUCCCAGCGUCAAACCUCUUCGAAAGUCAGCUACAGCCAGGAAUUUAGGGCUGUAUGGCCCCACUGAAAGAACGCCAACUGUACACUUCCCACAAAUGAGCAGAAGUUUCAAUAAGUCUGCCAGUGGCAACAGUGGGACCAGGAAACGAUGA